AUGUCGUUUCAGACUGGCCAAGAAGCUCAAUCGUCCCAAUCUUUAGACUGUCUACCACAGUGUCGUCAGCUUACGCUUUUCGAAAUUCUAGCAGCAACCAAUAACUUUGAUGAGUCAUCGGUGGUCGGACAUGGUGGUUUUGGCAAAGUUUACAGAGGAACCAUCACUAAUGGAGAAAGUAUUUUGGAUGUUGCCAUAAAGCGCCUGGAGUCAACUUCUGAUCAAGGAGCUGCGGAGUUUUGGGCUGAAGUUGAAUUGCUUUCGAAGUUAAGGCACUCUAACUUGGUAUCUUUACUUGGCUACUGCAGUCUUGGGAAGGAGAUGAUCCUUGUUUACGAGUAUAUGCCCAAUGGAACUUUUUCAGAUCAUCUCCAUAAAUGUCGAUUUCCUCUAACAUGGGUGUGA